CCCGCUACCUCUUUUCUGCAUUCCGGGACAGAUGAACAAACCCCCACCAGCCGACCUCACACAACUCCAGACGACCUGAAAAACUCCGCCCCUUGCGAGUCUUCCCGCCCCUCGGCGUCCAGACAGACAGACAGACGGCCUGCCCCGCCCCCUGCGCUACCGAUCGUCUCAUUGACCUCUAGUACCCCUAGGUACUCGCCCGUGACGCGGAGCUCGGCUGUCCACCCGCACCUCCCCCAUCGCCCCCGCCCGUCUCACUCUGUCCCCACCCCGGGCCCCAGGGCAGGUCGACAGCCGGGGACAUUUCUCGACCGCAUGCCCAGGCUGGGAGACCAACUCCCAGCGCCGCGUUUCCUUGUGACCCUACAGCCGCUCAGAAGACCUGCCAUUCUUUCCUGCAUCAUCAGGCGUCCAAGAGGCACCCUAGGGUGACUCCUCUCAGAGCCUGUUAGUACGUGGUCAUCACAGAGACAAAGCCAUGAGAGUGAAUGGGUCAGGAGUGACCAGCCCAGGCAAGGUCCCCCUGGCCAAGAUGUCAGGCCUGGUGUUGGGGCAGCGGGAUGAGCCUGCAGGGCACCGGCUCAGCCAGGAGGAGAUCCUGGGAAGCACUCGGCUGGUGAGCCAAGGGCUGGAGGCCCUACACAGUGAACAUCAGGCUGUCCUGCAAAGUCUGUCCCACACCAUUGAGUGUCUGCAGCAGGGAGGCCAUGAAGAAGGACUGGUACACGAGAAGGCCCGACAGCUGCGACGUUCCAUGGAAAACAUCGAGCUGGGACUGAGCGAGGCCCAGGUGAUGCUGGCUUUGGCCAGCCACCUGAGCACAGUGGAGUCAGAGAAACAGAAGCUGCGGGCUCAGGUACGGAGGCUGUGUCAGGAGAACCAGUGGCUCCGGGACGAGCUGGCGGGCACCCAGCAGCGGCUCCAGCGCAGCGAACAGGCUGUGGCCCAGCUGGAGGAGGAAAAGAAGCACCUGGAGUUCCUGGGCCAGCUGCGGCAGUACGAUGAGGAUGGGCAUGGUGUGGAGGAGAAGGAGGGUGAUGCCACCAAGGAUUCCCUGGAUGAUCUCUUCCCCAAUGAGGAGGAAGAAGAUUCCAGCAAUGGCUUGUCCCGUGGCCAGGGCACCCAGCACAGCGGAUACGAGAUCCCAGCGAGGCUGCGGACACUGCACAACUUGGUGAUCCAGUACGCUGCCCAGGGUCGCUAUGAGGUGGCUGUACCGCUCUGCAAGCAGGCACUGGAGGACUUGGAGCGCACUUCUGGCCGCGGCCACCCUGAUGUCGCGACCAUGCUCAACAUCCUGGCUUUGGUGUAUCGGGACCAGAAUAAGUAUAAGGAAGCUGCCCACCUGCUGAAUGAUGCCCUCAGCAUCCGGGAGAGCACCCUGGGCCGGGACCACCCUGCUGUGGCUGCCACACUCAACAACCUGGCUGUGCUCUAUGGCAAAAGGGGCAAGUACAAGGAGGCCGAGCCACUGUGCCAGCGAGCACUGGAGAUUCGAGAAAAGGUCCUGGGCACUGACCACCCAGAUGUGGCGAAGCAGCUGAACAACCUGGCCCUGUUGUGCCAAAACCAGGGCAAGUAUGAGGCCGUGGAACGCUAUUACAGGCGGGCCCUGGCCAUCUAUGAGGGGCAGCUGGGGCCAGACAACCCUAAUGUAGCCCGGACCAAGAACAACCUGGCUUCCUGUUACCUGAAACAGGGCAAAUAUGCUGAGGCUGAGACGCUCUACAAGGAGAUCCUGACACGUGCACAUGUGCAGGAGUUUGGGUCUGUGGAUGAUGACCACAAGCCCAUCUGGAUGCAUGCAGAGGAGCGGGAGGAAAUGAGCAAAAGCCGGCACCGAGAGGGCGGCACGCCCUACACUGAGUAUGGAGGCUGGUACAAGGCCUGCAAAGUGAGCAGCCCCACAGUGAACACCACUCUGAGAAACCUAGGAGCUCUGUACAGGCGCCAAGGAAAGCUGGAGGCAGCCGAGACCCUGGAAGAGUGUGCCCUUCGCUCCCAGAAACAGGGCACUGACCCUAUCAGUCAAACCAAGGUGGUCGAGCUGCUUGGGGAAGGUGACAGUGGAAGGACCUCUCAGGAGGGCCCUGGGGGCAGUGUGAAGUACGAGGGAGGUGAAGAUGCUUCUGUGGCCGUGGAAUGGUCGGGGGAUGGCAGUGGGACCCUGCAGAGGAGCGGUUCUCUAGGCAAGAUCCGGGAUGUGCUUCGUAGAAGCAGCGAACUCCUGGUGAGGAAGCUCCAGGGAACUGAGCCUCGGCCCUCCAGCAGCAACAUGAAGCGGGCAGCCUCCUUAAACUAUCUGAAUCAACCCAGUGCAGCGCCCCUCCAGGUCUCCCGGGGCCUCAGUGCCAGCACUACGGACCUCUCUUCAAGCAGCUGACAUUCAACCCACCCCCCAGGUCUGCUGGGUCCCCCCCCCACAGCCCUCUCAGCAUUCCCUAUUGCUCCUGGCUCUUCCAACCCCAAGGUGGGACAGGGAAGGGAGAACAGUUAACCAGAAGAUUGCUGCUGCCCUUAGGGUCUUGGCUCCCUCCUCAGGAAUCCCCCUCAGGAAGGACCCUCAGGACAUCCUCUCCCCAUAGUCCUCUAGAGUGGCUAGCUCUGAGGCCCCCAAGAUGCUUAAAGAGCAGACAUGCAUCUCGGAGAUGGAGCCUGCUGCUGGCUUUUCGGUCAGAGGUUUUGGGGCUGGCCAGCCAAGCUGCCUCGCUCUGGCCUCUCUUGUUCCCUCUGCUGCCUCACUUCAGGUCCGUGUAUUUCACUUUUCUUAAAUAAAGAAUCAGGUAACCGUUACGCCACUUGAGUCCUGAC